AUGCGGGACGCGACAGGUUCUCCACCGACGUCGUACUACGACUAUAUCAUCAUCGGUGGCGGGACCGCCGGAUGCCCUCUAGCCGCAACGCUGUCUCAAAACGCUAGCGUUUUACUACUGGAACGCGGUGGCGCACCUUACAACAACCCUAACAUCACGAGGCUGUCGGCUUUCGGACAAGCUCUCUCUGACCUGUCCGAGACCUCACCGUCUCAGCGCUUCGUAUCGGAGGACGGCGUGAUUAACGCACGUGCUCGAGUUCUCGGCGGUGGAAGCGCUCUCAACGCUGGUUUCUACACACGUGCCGGAACCAAAUACGUUAGGAACAUGGGUUGGGACGGAGCGCUAGCGAACGAGUCGUACAGUUGGGUAGAAGCAAAAGUGGCAUUUCAGCCGCCGAUGGGCCCAUGGCAAACCGCCGUGAGAGACGGCUUAUUGGAGGUUGGGAUCGUCCCUAACAACGGUUUCACUUAUGAUCACAUCAAUGGCACCAAAUUCGGUGGUACCAUUUUCGACCGUAAUGGCCAUAGACACACCGCCGCCGAUCUCCUAGAGUACGCCGAUCCCAAGGGUAUCACUGUCCUCUUGCAUGCCACUGUCCACCGGAUCUUGUUUCGGACUCAAGGUACCACAAAGCCUAUAGCCAAUGGAGUUGUGUACCGAGAUCGAACCGGUCAGGCCCACCGAGCUUACCUAAAAGAAGGCUCAUUAAAUGAGAUCAUCGUUUCGGCCGGAACCCUAGGGAGCCCACAACUUCUGAUGUUAAGCGGUGUCGGUCCAUUAGACCAACUAAAGUCCCAAAACAUCACGGUGGUGAUGGAACAGCCUCACGUGGGUCAAGGCAUGUACGACAACCCUAUGAACGCCGUGUUCGUCCCUUCUCCGGUCCCCGUCGAGGUCUCACUCAUCGAAGUUGUUGGAAUUACCGGCGAAGGAACAUACGUGGAGGCUGCCGGUGGCGAGAAUUUCGGCGGAGGUGGUGGUAGUGGGUCGUCCACUAGAGACUACUACGCAAUGUUUUCACCAAAGGCAACAUUACUAGAAUCAACCUCGAUGCCCAAAUUAUCAUCAGCCCAACCAUUUCAAGGAGGCUUUCUUUUAGAGAAAGUGAUGGGCCCACUAUCCACGGGUCAUUUAGAGCUCCGGACCCGAAACCCGGAUGAUAACCCGGUUGUGACUUUCAACUAUUUCAAAAACCCAGACGACCUAAACCGCUGCGUUCGAGGGAUCCAAACCAUAGAGAGAGUCGUGCAAUCCAAGGCAUUCGCAAGAUACAAAUACGCCGAUAUGUCAUUUGAGCAUAUGCUAAACCUCACGGCGAGUACUCCGGUCAACCUGAGGCCGCGUCGGAGCGGUCCUGGAGCCUCGUUGCCUCCAUCCGCUGAGGAAUUUUGCCAACAUACGGUCACAACAAUUUGGCAUUACCAUGGAGGAUGUGUUGUUGGUAGAGUGGUCGAUGGAGAUUACAAGGUUAUUGGUAUCGACAGGCUUAGAGUCAUUGAUAUGUCGACCGUUGGUUAUUGUCCGGGGACAAAUCCUCAAGCCACCGUUAUGAUGCUUGGCAGGUAUAUGGGUGUGAAGAUAUUGAGAGAGAGGCUCACCAAGUAG